AUGGCGACAAUUCAGGAGCGGAUUGCGGCCUUGAACCAGGCGCAUGUUGGACGAGGACCAGUUCCUUCUCCUCCUCACGAAAUUAGGCCAGAUUUACCUGGCUCAAGACCUUCGAUGUCCGGUAGAUACGUCGCGCCAGCAAAUGAGUCGCGUGCCCCUCCCGUCCCAGUCAGAGACCAGGAAAUACUCCCACCACCAUCCAUUACAAGGACGGGUCAGAAGUCACCUACCACGACAACUAAGCCAAGGAAACCGCCGCCUCCUCUCCCUACGAGAAAAGUUACGGGGGAACCAUCACCUGCGCUACCCCCGCGCAAAUCGGCCGAUACACACACCCGCAGAAACUCAGGAGAUUCUUCGUUGUCCGCCGCCUCUAUAUCGACAAGGGCAACGACAAGUUCCUCAGGAAAUGGCAAGUCGCCUUCUAUUAGGUCCACAUCAACUGAAAGUUCAACAACUCGCAAGCUUGCCCCAGCAUGGGGGGAAACUGCACUUCCCCCAUUGCCUCCCAAGAGAAAUACGAAUACAGAUGGGAACCCGACGCUGAAAUCUCGAUCGUCUUUGGGGGUGCUUGAUAGCAGCUGCAAGACAUCCUCCUCAUCUCUCUCGUCUCUGACACCAAAAUUGCCGCUUCGAUCGCAUUCAUCCAAUACCAACGAUCUACCCGCAAUCCCACAGCGGAAAUUUGCAAUUAAGGAUUUGGAUGCCCCGCCGCAAUUACCCCAGCGCAAACUUCCGCCACCUGCCCCGUCAUUCAAAGCUAUUGAAAAGAUAAGGGAAUCCUCCUUCGCUACUCUUAAAAAUGCUUCAAUACAUCAUGGGCUAGUUCCGAAUGGUGAUACACAUGGACAAAAAGCCAGUGGCUCACCGCCUCCAAUUCCUCUGGGUUCUCGCCCUGAUUUGUCGAAAAUACAGGCAACUAAACCACGAAUGCCUUCUUGCUCCUCACCCCCUAGCACUGGCUCAACAACAGUUUGUAUGAUAUGUCGUGACUUCUCUGGACCAGAUUCGCAUGCCGCACGAUUUCCAAGACAAUCUCUUCCUACACAAGAUCUCUCCUGGUUGGCCAACCAACUUACCGCUCCCUUCUCAUCUCUCACCGACAAAGCUCGUGCAAUAUUCACUUGGUUACACCAUAAUAUCGAUUAUAAUGUCGACGCAUUCUUUAACAAUAAGUUGAAAUCUUCAACGCCAGAAAGCACAUUAACCACUGGGCUAGCUGUUUGCGAAGGGUAUGCUGGCCUCUUCGAACGGUUGGCAACGCUUGCUGGAUUAGAGGCGCGAGUAAUUACAGGUCAUGGCAAAGGCUACGGCUACACUCCACUCGCCCCAGGUUCGCCGAAACCUCCAUACGAUGGAAACCAUGCGUGGAACGUCGUGCGGAUUGACAAUGGACAGUGGAAGCUUAUCGACAGCUGUUGGGGUGCCGGGAACGUCAGCGGCAAAGGCCAGCCGUACAACCGGGAAUUCACACCAGAAUAUUUCACCAUGUCCAACGAUGAAUUCGGCAACAAACAUUUCCCAGCGAACCCUGGAGAUUUCUACCGAGAUGAUGGCCGUCCAAGUAUAUCCUGGGAGGAAUACAUCAGCAUCAACCCCUCUUGUCCAAAUGGCGUCGAACCUCCUAUCUUAUACACCGGUAUAAAGCAAGAGCAUGGAAUUGGCGAGAGGUCGCUUCAGCCACGGUCGAGAAAGAUCGCCGUCCACCAGCCAGGCCCAAUACGUUUCCAAUUCGGCCUCAUCUGCGAACACUGGACGCUUGCACGCAGCAACAUCCGCGCGCCGUGUCUUUUCGUUUUAUUCGCUAAUGGUGUCGACGGGGGCGGGAAAGAGUACAUACCCUUCCACUAUGUCCGUGGAUCUGACCCAGGUGGUGGUGGUGACCAUUGGUACGUCGAUGUUCCUGACCCUCGUGUCUUGGGUGCGCCUGGACAGAAACUACACAUCUACAGCGUAACGAGCUUUGGGGAUCUAAAGGAUACGCGAGGCCUUAGUAGAGAGGAGUUUCUUCGUGGUGUAGGUAGGAAGGCAAUGGGAUUUGGGGGUAUUGCGGAGUGGGAGCUUGUAUGAUCAUGCCGGAUAUUUUUACUAUUCUUGUUUCAUUUCUUUCAUUCAGGAAUCUGGUUUUCUCGGUUUUUAUUCCAUCUCCCUGGCCGCGAUGCGACACAUUAAAUAUUUAUUUUUCACCAGUUUCUAAUAUACCUUUCCGCGUUCCCAUUCUGUCAUUAUGCGGCAUUUUUCUCUUUCUGUUUUCUUUCGUUUUGCCCUUUCCCUUACCUUCAUGAAAGACUGUUGAGGAGAAUGAGUAAUACAAUCUUACGUGGCACUUUUAAUUCUAACAGGCCCUAGACCGCUACACUCUUCUCCCAAUAUCAAUACUAUCUAUCUUAAUACACAGAAAUUCCCUAUGGUUUCUGAGCUUUCGCCCAGUCAAGAACACCAAUAGAGAUGCUUCUUGCGUGUACGAUCAGAGUAACAAAACUGAUGACUACUUAUACUUUUUCUUUUCUUUCUUUCUUUCUUUUCUUUUUUAGUUGAAACACCCUUACAUAUUUAUCGGCCUGGUUUGGGUUUGUCUGUAUUCAAAAGCCUGACUUUGCUUUGACAUCCUCUUCUUUAUAGACGAAAUUUUUGGACAUAC